AUGCUCCUCCCUCAUUGUACGUUUACUUUUGCCACACUCGCUGUUGUCGCCCGCCUAGUGGAAGGGCAGCAAAUAUGGGACAUCUGGCAAACGAAAUGGGACCGCACGAAGCUCUUCACCUCGCUUAAGCCGAAUCCGCCCAUCAACUUCGUAGACCCCAGCGACGCCGCUGCGGCUGACAUCGUCGUCACCGAGACGAGCGUAUUCCAGACAAUGAACGGUUUUGGAGGCACCCUCACUGAUUCCGCGGCACUGACGUUGAACAACCUCAAGAACACCAACUCGGGCAACUACUGGAGCAUCCUCAACUACAUGUUCUCUGCGCAGGAUGGCGCCAACGCAGCCGGGCUCUCGUACGUCCGGGUCCCAAUCGGAGCGUCGGACUUCUCGGCAAAAGCAUACAGCCUGGACGACGUCAGUGGCGACACGUCCUUCAACUCAUUUAACAUCAACAACGCCCCUUCGUACUUGUUCUCGGUGUUGCUGGACAUUAUCUCUGUCAAUCCGGCGGUGAAGAUCCAUAUCUUGCCAUGGAGUCCGCCGGGUUGGAUGAAGACAACGGGCACGAUGAAGGGCGGGUCGAUAUCGUCAAACAUGUUGUCGGUUUAUCCGAAAUAUUUGUUGAAAGCCGUGCAAGGUUUUAACUCGAAAGGGAUCAACGUUUUUGCGAUAUCGGUACAGAACGAGCCGGAGAACAGCAACCCGACUUAUCCGACCUGUACCUGGACCCCUGCACAAGAAGGCCAGGUUGGGGCGGCGUUAAGAACGUUAUUGAACAACAACGGGCUUAGCGGCGUUAAGCUGAUUGGAUAUGAGCACAAUUGGGGUGAUGCCAGCGGGUACCCGGUCACGCUAAUGAACGACAAUGGGGACUCGUAUUCAGGCGUGGCAUUCCACUGUUACUCUGGGUCGUACACGAACAUGGCGGCCUUCCACGCCGCAUGGCCGUCAAAAAAUAUGUACUUCACAGAAUGUGCGGGGACUAUCGGGUCGGACUGGUGGGGUGACAUCAAGUGGUAUAUGAAUAACCUCUGGAUUGGGUCGGUCAACCAAGGCGCCGAUGUCGGGCUCAUGUUCAAUAUCGCGGCUGACUCGGAUGGCGAGCCCCGAUUGCCUGGCACGAGUAGCUGCGGCGGAGGCUGUCGGCCCAUUGUGACAGUGGAUUCGGAUGGCAGUUUCGAAUAUAACCAAGAGUUCUACGCACUGGCGGCAGCCUCUAAGGCGAGCAUUCCGAAGGAUGCAGGCGGGCCAUGGGGUCGCCGGAUCGGAGUGUCUGUUCAGGGCAGUCAGGCAUCAAAGCUUGCGGUCACAGCGUUUGCGACCAAGCGAAUCAAAUCGACAGAUUGGAAUCGGUAUUCGAUCGUUGUGCUCAACUCGAACGACGGGCAGCCAUCGACAUGGAAUCCGGUAGACGUGGCUGCUACGAUUGAGUUCCGUGGGAUGCAGGCCAGUUAUACCUUCCCAGUCGGUGUGACAACCCUCUGGUGGUAUGCCCCGCCCAAUGCUCAGGGCCAACUUGAAGGGGAGGUCGUGCUCACCGAGCCGGAAGCGCAAGCGCCAUUCAACGUAUCGCGGUAUUUCCAGUCUGCGCGGAAGAGCGCGCAUAAUUAUACCAUCAUGUCGAACGCAACCAGGGAGGAGAAUUCUAGAGGGCGUUGA